AGCUUACACAUCCCACAAGUCACAAUUAUCCUCUUUUAUCUAAAUUUCUUUCUUUCUUUGUUUUUAUCAUCUUUUUUUUUCUCAAUCAACCAUGGCAGCCGAGGUUGGGAAAAAGUGUGAAACAAAGAAUGUGAAAAUCACCACCAAAUCCCAUGUUAUGCCCAACAAGAAAAUAGGAAGAAGAGAAUGUCAAUUGGUCACAUUUGAUCUUCCAUACCUAGCUUUUUACUACAACCAAAAGCUGUUGUUUUACAAAGGAAAUGACUUUGGGGACAUGGUUGGGAAAUUGAAAGAUGGGCUAGGUCUGGUUUUGGAAGAGUUCUAUCAGCUGGCUGGGAGGCUAGGCAAAGAUGAGGAGGGAGUUUUCAAGGUUGAGUUUGAUGAUGAAAUGGACGGUGUGGAAGUUGUGGAAGCAAUAGCUGAGGGGAUCGAAAUUGCUGAUCUGAUGGUCGAGGAGGGUGCUAGCACUUUGAAAGAAUUGACACCCUACAAUGAAGUCUUGAACUUGGAGGGGCUCCAUAGGCCUCUUUUGUCUGUACAGUUAACCAAGCUGAAAGAUGGACUCGCAAUGGGCUGCGCGUUCAACCACGCGAUCCUCGAUGGGACUUCCACAUGGCAUUUCAUGAGCUCAUGGGCUGAGGUCUGUGGUGGAGCCGCCUCCGUCUCGGUCCCACCCUUCCUCAACCGCACCAAAUCGCGCAACACGCGCGUGAAGCUCGACCUCGCGGCCCCACCGGACCCACUAGCAACAAAAACCAACGGGAAAGCAAAGCCGAGCCCACCACAACUCAGAGAAAAAGUCUUCAAAUUCUCCGAAUCAGACAUCGACAAGAUCAAGUCAAAAGUCAACUCCAACCCCCCAUCGGACGGCUCAAAACCAUUCUCAACAUUCCAAUCACUCUCUGUCCAUAUCUGGCGCCAUGUAACCCAAGCACGUGAACUAAAACCCGAAGACUACACUGUCUUCACUGUCUUCGCCGAUUGCCGGAAAAGGGUCGACCCACCUAUGCCCGAAAGCUACUUCGGGAACCUAAUCCAAGCCGUGUUCACUGUCACGGCCGCCGGGCUGUUAUUGGCGAACCCACCGGAGUUCGGAGCUUCAGCGAUUCAAAAAGCAAUAGAAAACCACAAUGCUAAAACCAUUGAUGAACGUAACAAGCAGUGGGAGAGUGAGCCUAAGAUCUUUCAGUUUAAGGAUGCCGGAGUGAACUGUGUAGCGGUCGGGAGCUCGCCGAGGUUUAAGGUUUAUGAUGUGGAUUUUGGGUGGGGAAAGCCUGAGAGUGUGAGGAGUGGAUCCAACAAUAGGUUUGAUGGGAUGGUGUAUUUGUACCAAGGGAAAAAUGGCGGGAGGAGCAUUGAUGUGGAGAUUAGCUUGGAAGCUCAGACUAUGGAGAGGUUGGAGAAAGAUAAGGAAUUUCUUAUGGAGGUUUAACUAGCUAGCUAGGGGUUGAUGGUUUUAGUUUUCUAUGUGUUGGUGUAGGGUUUCACUUUUCACAUUGAAACACUGAAAUCAGAAUAGGAGUGAUGUGUUGGUAUAAGCUAGCUAGUAUAUUGGGAUUGUUAAGGGAGUGUAUGUAUGCAUGUGCUUGAUCUUCUUGUUUUUGGUAUUUUGUGUUUGGUUUGGGUACUUUGAAGUUGUGGUGGGUAUUAAUUAAGUUUAUUUAAUGGAAUGAAUUAUUAUCAUAUUUAUAUGUAUUAAUUGUUAUUAAUGUGAACUGAAAUAUUGUUCACUUUUUCAUCAAAAAGAAAUAUUGUUCACUUUA